AUGACUACGAAGCAUUUCAUCAACGAUGGCACAACACUUGUCCAAGACGCUUUGCAUGGACUAGCCCUCUCUAACCCUUCUUUGCGAUACGACGAGGAUAUCAAAGCUAUAAUAAAUCCGCGCCAUGACGGGAACAAGAAUGUGACGAUCAUCUCGGGUGGAGGAGCUGGCCACGAACCCUCUUUUGUAGGUCUAGUCGGCGAUGGCCUUCUCAGCGCCGCAGUGUCAGGCUCUAUUUUUGCGUCUCCCAGUGUGCACCAGAUCCAAACCACAAUUUCUCGAGUGGGUGGCUCCGCGGGUACGCUGCUCGUGAUCAUGAAUUAUACGGGCGAUGUACUGCACUUUCAUCUGGCCGCUGAAAAGGCCCGCCUUGCUGGUUUCGACACUGCCGUGCUAGUCGUCGGGGACGAUGUGUCGGUUGGUCGGCGGAAGAGCGGCAGAGUCGGUAGGCGAGGUCUUGCAGGUACUGUCCUCGUUGAGAAGGUCCUCGGGGCCCUGGCAAAGCAGGGCAAGAUGAAUCUCGAGGAGCUCCGCAAAGCUGGUGAAGACUUGGCCAACAAUCUUGCCACUGUCGGUGCUGCAUUAGACCAUGUCCACAUUGUGGGGAAGCCGAUAGCAAAAUCGACAGACAACGCAGAUCAGGUUGAAGUGGGCAUGGGAAUUCACAAUGAGCCAGGGUGCUACGUGAUUAAACCACAACCAACUAUUUCGGCACUGGUGGGUCAAAUGUUGGACAUGCUAUUAGAUCCGAAUGACUCGGAUCGAGCUUAUGUGUCAUUCUUGGACAAGCAAUCCAUUUGUUUGAUGGUCAAUAACUUGGGAGGUGUAUCAAACAUUGAGUUUUCCGCUAUAACGAAGACUGUAGUUGACCUGCUUGGUGAACGGGGCAGCAAGCCUAUUAGAAUAUAUUCCGGGGCCUUUAUGACCAGCUUGGAUGGAAAAGGCUUCAGUAUCACACUCUUGCAAGCCACUCCUCAAGUUCUCACCGCGCUAGAUGAGCCCGCCACCACCCCAGGGUGGAAGGUGACGCCAGAUCUCCAUCAAGCUCAUGCUGAUGGUCAAGCGCCACAUGGGAAUGGCGUACUUCGCACAAGUGAGGUUGAUUCGAUAAAACCGUCUCUCAGAUCACCGUCUCUACUGAAAGUUAACGAGAAAGACCUGAUGGCAUCUCUCAAGAGGGCUUGUGAUCGGGUGAUAGCAGCCGAGGUAGAGAUUGAUCAAGUCGACUCACUGGUGGGCGAUGGAGAUUGCGGAUCGACAUUUGCACGAACUGCUCAUGCAAUCCUUCGGGAAAUUGUUAACAAAGAUUAUUAUACCAGUGACAGUGGAGAUAUCAUCAAUAUUCUUGAGACUCUGGCAGUAGUCGUCGAGAACAAUAUGGACGGUACUUCCGGGGCGCUUUAUGCAAUCUUCCUAAACGCUCUGGCUGCCUCUCUCCGGGCUGUCGGCACCAAACUACCCCAAGAGCGACUGGUUGAACAUUCAGAUUGGACCAAGGCUGCUGGUGACGCACUCCAAGCUGUACGCCAAGCUACACCUGCUUCGGUAGGAGACCGCACUGUCAUGGACGCUUUAGAACCGUUCAUAGCAUCCUUACAGUCUGGUUCACCAUUAGCUGCAGCCAUUGAUGCAGCACGAGAGGGGCGUGACAGCACAAAAGGGAUGGCUGCAUCCCUUGGCCGCGCUGUCUACGUACCCCAGGAAGUAUGGAGUAAGGUUCCAGACCCUGGGGCGAUGGGCUUGGUGUGCCUUUUGGAGGGGAUUUUGGGUGCCUGA